UGGGGACCAAAAUAAUAAGUUGGCUAAAACAUGCUUCACCUAAAUAUAUAUUUUUUUGUUUGCUGGUUCUUUUUGGAAAUAUAUGCAAGUCUUAACCAUGCAACUGGGUGAGGUUGGGAAUAGGUGUGCCACCCAUUUCACUGCUAUAUAGUGAAGUCCAUUUACAUGCAGUAUGUACAUCAAUUUUUUCUGUGCUAUGUCUGUCCAGAACAAUGCUUGACCCUUUCUGCAUCUAUCCCUCCGGAAGCUUCUGCAUGACUUCUAUGGUGUGGUUUCCCAGCAGUAAGCAUAACUCCUGGGCACUUCCCUGCAGCAGUGUGGUGCCUCUCAUCAUGGGGAAGAGGCGCUGCAUAUCAGCAACCGAGAACAAGCCAUCCUUGGGAUGCUGUGGAGUAAAGAAACCCAAACUGUGCCCUCCUUCUGGCAGCAUUCAGCCUUCUGUCACAAAUAACUGCCAGCCUCCUGUCACAAAUAACUGCCAGCCUUCUGAAGACAAGACAGUGGGUCCAGGUGCCCUCACCCCACUCUCCCGGCCCAAUGGGACCGCAAGAGAGCAGUCAGUUGUGACCGCUGAAAUGGGCUGCUACUGCUUUGAUGUCCUCUACUGUCACCUACAUGGUCUCCCACAGCCACGCCUACCACGUUUCACCAACGACCCUUAUCCCUUGUUUGUUACGUGGAAGGCUGGACGUGAAAAACGUCUUCGAGGCUGUAUUGGGACCUUCUCUGCCAUGAAUCUUCACUCAGGACUCAGGGAUUACACGCUAACCAGUGCUCUUAAGGACAGCCGUUUCCCACCACUUACUCGUGAGGAACUGCCUAAACUGUCCUGCUCUGUGUCUCUACUCACCAACUUUGAGGAUGUGGGGGACUUUCUCGACUGGGAGGUUGGAGUGCAUGGCAUCCGGAUUGAGUUCCUAAAUGAGAAGGGAAUAAAACGCACAGCCACCUACCUGCCUGAAGUAGCAAAGGAACAAGACUGGGAUCAGAUCCAGACUAUAGACUCUCUGCUCAGGAAAGGUGGCUUCAAGGCACCCAUCACCAAUGAGUUUAGGAAAACAAUCAAACUCACAAGGUAUCGCAGUGAGAAGGUGACAAUCAGCUACACAGAAUAUAUGGUUUCCUACAAGCCAGUACAGCAGAACGGCACAGUGCAUGCACCUCCUCUGUAUACACAUUACUCCUGACACUGCGCUGCCUCCAUCUCAAUCUUGUGACCUCCUGACAUCUGACUCCUCGCCUGCUCCCUCCUCUUGGUCCAGUUAUCUGUACUACUGCACUAUAUUAUAAGCUUCACUGGAGGGUGGGGAGCAGCCCCCAGAGACUCACAGACACACACAGCCUUACCUCACCCCACGCUCUCCAUGGAACUUUUAGUAGAAGGGAGAGCAAAAGGGGUGUCAUGAACUCCUCAAACCCCUACAGUAAAAGAGGUUAGCUACCCUGAAAAAGCGCUUUUAGGUUUUUACAUUCCUACUGUUAUAAUUUUUUUUAUAUACUUAUAUAUAAUUUUUUUAACCUCAAGAAAAGAGAAUUAGCUCUCCUUUAAGUCUUGAGUUGGCUUUGAUAUGGGCUAAAGCAACAGCAGGAUCAGCAAGAUGCCUGUAGUCCUGUGCUGUAACUGUAUAAGAUGGCAGUUGCAAAGACAGACGUUUAUUAAACUUAAAUAGUACAUAUAGGUUUGCCCCUCCGUUAAAUAUACUAUAGGAAGUGGUUCUGAAGUUAAGUGAAGACAACUAGGCUCUUCUUCUGCUAAGUUCCUAAUUUAUUAUUUUGGUCUCUUCCACACAUCUUUUAUGGGGGGGGGGAGUUCAGUAAGCUCUGAUGGAAUGGAAUGGACAGCAGUGUCUAGCUGAACUCUGCAUAUGAAAUUAUUAUAUACCCUGUUGCAUAAAUGAUUGCUUCUGUUCCUUGCUUGCCCACUAUUUAGAAACCAUUACUCGCAGAUCCAAUGUUUACAGUGUUGUUAGUUUUCUUUUCUACCUCUCCACUCAAUGUGAUUAAUGGGGAGCAUAUAAGCCUAGUUCAAGCUGUGUAUAAAGGUAAUAUUCCUUAAAUACAGUACUGACAGGGGCACUGCCACCAGCAAGGUGCAAGCCCCUUCCUUUGAGAUAAGGUAACUGCCCCCCAUCUUACUCUAUAAGAUAACAAUCAUCUCCCAUUAUAUACACCACAGUUUACUACAUAGUAUGACACGGUGUAGCUAUGUUUGGUGAGACAGCAGGAUCCGCCAGGUGCCCAUAAUACUGUGCUGUAACUGUAUAAGAUGACAGUUACACAGAUACAGUAGUUCAUUAAAUGGAAAUAGUUCAUGUAGGGUUGCCACUCGGUUGAAUAUACUAUAGGAAAGGUGUUCUUCCUCUGCUAGGUCCCUAAGGUUAUAUUUGUCUCAUCCACAUAUCUUUUAUUCAAGGGGGGAUUUAGUAAGCUCUGAUGGGGUACAACUUAGUGCGGGAAUAGAAUGGACAUCAUAUGCACAGUGGAAGAACUUUAAAGUGUGUAGCCAGACUCUACAUAUACAGUCAGUAUAUACCCUGUUGCAUAAACUAUUGCUUCAGUUCCUUACCUGAGCACUAUUCAGAAACCACUAUUCACAGCUCUAGUGUUUACAGUUAUUGGUUUUCUUUUUUACCUCUCCACUCUGUAAUGGAUGGGGAGCAUUAAUGCCUACUCCCAGCUGUUUGCAAAGGUACCAUUACUUAAAUACAGUACUGACAGUUAGGCCACGGACAUCAGGAAGAUGCAACACCCCACAUCUCCCAUUACAUACAUCACAAUUUACUACAGAGUAUGACAUGAUUAUGCAUGUAAAUAUGUUUGGAGAGACAACUAUAUGUGGCAGAGAACAGGGAAAAUAGAGAGGUUUUUGCACAUUACAUGUCAGGUUUCCUGGUGCCAGCUCUCCUUUUAUUCUUUGUCUGUCAGAUAGCAUAUUACAUGAGGAAGUGCCAUCGGAGAGAGAGAAAGGGUAAAAAUACCCCUUGCUUAAACCUUCGCUUCCUCUGGGAAAAUCAAAAAGAUUGUUUUCCCUUCCAUGCUGCUGAGAAUAAACUGAACUGACUAAUGAGGAA